GCUGUGAGCGUCUAGGUGUCGUUCCUCCACACAUGUAGAGAAACAGAAGAAGACGUGCGGCAGUGUUGGUGAUUGAUGAUCUGAUCUCUCCGACUCUACUAAUCAUCUUUACAUUCCAAUAUUUCUGACAGGGUUUUACCCCCACACUUCCAUCUGAUCCGUUGUGGGGGGAUUUGAGCUGCUUAACUGCCUUCUGCUGGAAACAUCAAGGUAUGAGCGGCGUCUUCUCCAGCUCUGCUCUUUCCGAGAGAUCCGACGAUGAUGAGGUCAGCCGAGAUGUCCUACGAGGAUCCGGCACCCGCGAGAAACUCCGUCAGUCCGCAAAGGUCAUCUACUUUACCUGAUAAUGCUGCUCAAGAUGAAAGUCACCAUUGCUCACUGUGUGGAAAGAGUUUCUCUAAAAAGAGUAAUCUCAAACAGCACCAGCUCGUUCACACGGGAGAGAAGCCGUACCAGUGCUCCCAGUGUGAGAAGAGUUUCACUAAACGGAGUAAUCUCAAACAGCACCAGUAUGUUCAUACGGGAGAGAAGCCGUACCAGUGCUCCCAGUGUAGCAUGAGUUUCACUCAAAAGGUUCAUCUCGUACGACACCAGCACAUUCACACAGGAGAAAAACCGUAUCGGUGUUCUGAGUGCCAGAAGAGUUUCAUAGACAGCAGCAGUCUGAUAAAACAUGAACGGAUUCACACAGGAGAGAAGGUCUGUCGCUGUCCACUGUGCGGUCACAGCUUUAACUGCCUCAGUAACCUGAAGCGACACCAGCGCAUCCACAAAGGAGACAAACCCCAUCAGUGUUCAGUGUGUGGAAGGAGUUUUAUUGAUCGGGGCAAUCUGAUAAAACACCAGAAGAUUCACACGGGGGAGAAGCCAUAUCGAUGCUCACACUGUGAGAGGAGUUUUACACAAAGAUUUAAUCUCCAUCAGCACCUCCACAUCCACAGAGGAGAUAAACCAUAUUACUGCUCCGAGUGUGGGAAGAGUUUCAAUCGAGAGUACACUCUUCAGCUACACCAACAGAUUCACACAGGGCUUAAACCCUAUUACUGCUCCGAGUGUGGGAGGAGUUUCAGCAGUCUGAGUAAUCUCAAACAACACCAGCGCACUCACACCGGAGAGAAACCGUAUCGGUGUUCACACUGCGAGAAGAGGUUUAGUUCCAGCGAUACUCUGAAAAACCAUCAGCGCAUCCAUACGGGAGAGAAGCCGUACCAGUGCUCCCAGUGUGGGAGGAGCUUCACACAGAUGGGUCAUCUCCAGCAGCACCAGCGCACUCACACUGGACAGAAACCGUAUUGGUGUUCACACUGCGAGAAAAGGUUUAGUUCCAGCGAUACUCUGAAAAACCAUCAGCGUGUUCACACAGGAGAGAAGCCGUAUCGAUGCUCCGAGUGCGGAAAGGGUUUCUGUAACCAGAGGAAUUUUCAGCGACACACACACACGCCUCACACGGCUGUGAAUGACGACAUGCUGCAGCUCUCAUAUGAGUGUCCUGUCUUCUCUUGUCUACACAUCAUAAAUCUAUCACCAAGAACAGCAAGAGAUCGGACUAGGAUGAAGUCCAAUGAGAUUAAAUGUGAGAAUCUGGAAAGUGCAGAGACUGACCGAAGCUCAUCUGGUUCUUUGCAGCUGAACACCUCUCCAGGAGCCGUGCAAAGAGAAGUCCAUCAGUGCUCACAGUGUGGCAAGUGUUUCAGUCAGAAAUGUCAUCUCAACCAACACCAGCGCAUUCACACGGGAGAGAAACCGCAUCAGUGUUCAGAGUGUGGAAAGAAUUUUGCAGACAGAGGAAAUCUGAUCAAACACCAGCGCAUUCACACGGGAGAGAAGCCGUAUCGCUGCUCAGACUGUGGCAAGAGAUUUAGCGAGAAAGGAAAUCUCAUCAAACACCAGCGCAUUCACACAGGAGAUAAACCGUAUCGCUGCUCAGACUGUGAGAAGAGCUUCACUCGAGAGGACGCUCUCCAAGAACACAAACACGUCCACACAGGAGAGAAGCCAUAUUACUGCUCAGUGUGUGGGAGGAGCUUUACCAGGUCCACUAGUGUCCAGCGACACCAGCACAUUCACACGGGGGAGAAACCGUAUCAGUGUUCUCAGUGUGAGAAGAGCUUCAGUGAGAGACGUAAUCUCCUACAGCACCUGCAGCUUCACACGGGCGAGAAGCCGUACCGCUGCUCCCAGUGCCAGAAGAGUUUUACACAGAAGUGUAACCUUCAGCAGCAUCUGCGCAUUCACACGGGAAUUAAACCAUAUCAGUGCUCACAGUGUGGGAAGAGUUUCACACAAAGAAGUCAUCUUCAGCAACACCAGCACAUUCACACAGGGGAGAGGCCGUAUCACUGCUCACAGUCUGAGAGUUUUACUGCUUACAUUGACCUUCAACAACACCAACAGCACAUGUGUACAGCUGUGGAUGAGGACAUGCUGCAACCAAGUGGUGUUCUGUCAUCUUCCACUCUCCUCUUCCCUACAUGUCCUAUUUCUUCUUCAAAAACAUUAAAGUAUCCCAACAGGAUGAAGUCCGACAAGGUCAAAUAUGAGAACCUGGAACCCACAGACAGCUCCAGUAGCCUCCAAAUAUCAUCACAUAUCACCAACACCUCUCACAGACGAGUGAAGAAAGUUGUUCACCAGUGUUCCCAGUGUCGGAAGAGUUUCAGUCAGAUCAGUACGCUUAAAGAACACCAGCGGAUUCACACGGGAGAGAAGCCGUACCAGUGCUCACAGUGUGGGAAGAACUUCAGUCAGAAGAGCAAUCUCAAAAAACACCAGAGUAUUCAUGCUGGAGAGAAGCCGUACCACUGCUCGCUGUGUGGGAAGAACUUUACCAGCCAGAGUAACCUCCAGCGACACCAGCGCAUCCACACCGGAGAGAAACCCUAUCAGUGUCCGCAGUGUGAGAAGAGUUUUAUUGAAAGCGGUAGCCUGAUAAAACACCAGCGAGUUCACACGGGAGAGAAACCGUAUCAGUGUUCACUCUGUGUGAAGAGUUUCACUAGUCAGAGUAAUCUCCAGCAACAUGUACGCAUUCACACGGGAGAUAAACCCUACAACUGCUUAGAGUGCGGAAAACGGUUUAGACAAGGAACCGGUCUCCAGAUCCACCAGCGCAUUCACACAGGAGAUAAACCGUAUUACUGUUUAGACUGUGGGAAGAGUUUUAGACAAGGAACUGCUCUCCAGAUCCACCAGCGGAUUCACACGGGCCAGAAGCCCUAUCACUGUACAGAGUGUGGGAGGAGUUUCACCAGCCAGAGUAACCUCCAGAGACACCAGCGCGUUCACACUGGAGAGAAACCGUAUCGGUGCUCAGACUGUGGCAUGAGCUUUACACAGAGGUGUAAUCUCCUACAGCACGAGUAUGUUCACACAGGAGAUAAACCCUAUCAGUGUUUAGAGUGUGGGAGGAGCUUUAAUCGAGAGGACACGCUCCAGUUACACCAGCGCAGUCACACUGGAGAGAAGCCGUAUUGCUGCUCACAGUGCGGGAAGAGUUUUAGUAACCAGAGCAAUCUGCGAAAGCAUCUCCGUGUUCACACCGGAGAGAAGGUGUAUCAGUGUCCUGAGUGUGGGAAGAGUUUCAGUAAUCUGAGAAUAUUUCAGCAACACCAACACCUUCACAAAGACGAGGGGGAGGACAUGAGAAAAAGAAAAACAAUGGGAAUUGACUAGAUCUCUUCUCACCAUGAUCAGCACUUUAUUAGGAACACUACACUAACUCUGGGUCUUCCCUUCCACAAGAUGUUGGAAAUAUUCCUCCUGAGAUUCUGCUCCAUGUUAACAUGACUGCAUCACACAGUUCCUGCUGAUUUUUUCAGGAGCGCUCUCAUGCAAUAAAACCUCUGGAUCUAUCCCAAAACUGUUCUACUGGACUCAGAUCUGGUGACUGAAAAGGUCAGUGAAGAAUAUCAUCGUCAUGAUCAUGAAACCAGACUGAGAAGACUUUUGUUUUGUGACAUGGUGCAUUAUCACCAUGGUCUUGUAGCUCCUCCACCUCAGUGUUCGGUGUGUUAUUCAUUCUGAGAUGCUUUUCAACUCCACAUUUAUACUGACAGGUUAUCUGAGUUAGUGUAGCCUUUCGGGUAGCUCUAACCAGACUGACCAUUCUCCACUGACCUCUCAAGGCCUCAGAACUGCUGCUCACUGGAUUUAUUUAUAGCACCAUUCUGUGUAAACUCCCAUCAGAAGGUCAGCAGAUCUCAGCUACACAGCUAAUCUGACAUCAGCAACCAUGUGAAAAUUCUAAUUUUACGAAUACACAAUAUGACAUGCAGUGAAAUGUUUUUUAUGGCCAUCUGUGUUAAAAAAAAAAAAUACUAGAGUCAGAUAAAUAACGGUCAGAAACAGAAUCAAAAGUCCAGCUCUAGGUGUUCGAUGGUGCUGUAUGAUGGUGGUUUGUAUUGGUCUCCUCGGUAGAGUGAUUGGGACGGUAUGCAAAUUAUACUGGAUCCAGGGUGUCCGGUAACGAAGAGUUGACAAACUCUCUGACCAGUCUUACAAUCACAACUGAGGUCAGGGUUACUUGGUGAUUGAGGCAGGCAGGCUGGGGUUUCUACAGGACAGGAACAAUCCUGGACUGUUCCAGAGAGAGGUGGAAUAUCUCUGUGAACACCAGUGCUAGUUGGUCAGUGUAGGCUUUCUGGACCUGACCUGAGAUGCCAUCUGGUCCUGCUGCCUACCUGGUAUUCCCCUAACCUGAAUGCCUUCUUCAUGUCAUGCUCUGAGAUGAUGAAUGAUGAUCCUAGCCCUGUAAGCUACAGCCUUUGAAGCCAGAGUAAAAGGUGUAAAAGGCCAGAGAAGUGUCCUCAUUAACCGAGGAGCAUUUCAUUACCUCUCCUACAGUGUAUGAAUGAACAUGAAUUUAAAUGGUAUUUUGUAUUGAAUUUAAUGGCUCCUAGAUCUGUGACUCAGCCAUGGAAUUUACGCAGCAGAGCGGGAUCUCGAGCAUCGUGUAUGGUUUUAUCCACCCACAGGUUCUGCUUGGGAAACACUCCGAUGAUGUUUUUGUGGAUUAUAUCAUCUGCUAGUUUUCCAGUAAAUCAUAUUAUGUAAAGACGUUGACGUCAUAAGAGCUACACCUGAACAUGUUCCAGUUGGCAUCAUCUAGAAUGUCCUGCAGAGCGGCCACCAUUUGGUCUGACUGGCACGCUACCUCCCACUUAACCAGAACUUCCUGUUUCAGCGUUUCUUUAUAUCUAGGCAUCAGGAAGAUGGAGGCAUGGUCCGAUUUCCCAAACGGUGGACAUGGUUUCCACUUAUAGCUGUCAUUAUAGCAGUGGUCCAGGGUCCCGUCACCUCUAGUGGGGCAGGUGAUAUUCAGGUAGAAAUUUGGCACUGUGUGUUUGAGGUUGGCACAAUUAAAGUCCUCCAGCACAAAGAGCACAGUGUCCUGAUGUUGUGUCUGUUGCAGAGUCAGAGCUUCAUGUAGUUCCCAUAAGGCAGUGUCCGUCUUUAUCUGAGGUGGAAGUUAAAUGGCGCUGACCGAGCUGAAUUCCUGAGGAGAGUAGCAAAAAACACAGUAGAUUACCCAGACUAUUGUGAGGAUAAAAACAAUAUCUGAGUGGAAAUCCCUUGUUGAGACCGAGGUCCAGGGAGAACGGACAGACUGGCUUAAGAAGACUGGAAGUGCGAACAGUUUCUAAAUGAUCCACAUAACUAACAGUGCUUAUGAAGGUGCUGCAUUUUUACAGAAGAUUGUUAGAAACCACUGCUGUUCUUCUUCAGCACAUUGGUUGUGUCCAGUGUGGCUCUGAAGGAUUUUCUCUCUUUCCUCAGCUUCAGAGCUGUUUUGCUUUUCCUCCACAGACAGCUCUCUGGUCUUCGAGAUGUUUUAUCCUUUUUAUCAACAAACGCAGCCUUCACAGGUGAAACCCAGGAUCUCAAACCAAGAGACGUUCAGAGCUUUGAACUGUUUAAACACUAAAUCUAUGAAGACACAGCUACUCGACAGGAAACACAUGGCAGUCGCGUGUUCCAAUACUUUUGAACACUUGAAGAAUGGGUGGGUUUAAACAAACGCUGCCAUGUUUUAACACAUCUUAUUCUGAUGAAUAAAAAAUAAUAAUAUUCUAAUUACUUCUUCUGUUCAAAUCUUACCAACUUUACACAAAAAGAUUCAGACACAUUUUAUAAAUAGCCACAAAAUACACAAUAACUUUGAAAUAAAGUAUAUAACCCUUUAUAUGUUAAGUUAUUUGUUUUACUUAUAAGUUUUAUUAAAGUUUAUAUUUCACGUGUGUAAAGCUGUACUGCAGUGAGUCCUGGCAGCUAUAGAGACGAUCGACAGAAACCAGGCCUUGU